GGUGUCUCUUGUACAACUAGGCAUGGGCCAGGAAGCUCUGCAGAUCCUUGCAUAAAAGGCCUAAGUGAGUUCAUGAAUAAGGUGGCUAUGCAGCUCUGGUUGCCAUCUUGCAUUGCAGCACAAUAGUUUGGUUCUCCUUCAUGUCCUUUGAAUCUUUGAAAAAUGAUUAAGCAAUUUAUGUUUUCCCUAUUACUUGUUUAGCUGUACUAUCCUACAUUCAUGCUUAGAUUCUGCUACACAUCCAUUUCCCUUUCAAUCUUAUGAUGCAAAUGCAUAAUAGAUCUUGAAGCCUGAAUCUUACAAACUAGGAGGAUUUAUUAUUUCUGAAAGGAUCUGGGCAGCUGGCCACUCCGAAGUUCAGUAAAGGAAUAGUGGUUCCUAGAUUUACUUCCAGGAAGAAAAUUUAGAGACAUAUGGAAGGCUUUCCCAUUCACAAAUUUUACGAGACAAAAAUUUCAAGUGACCCCUACGAGAAGUGGCUUGUCAUUUGUUAUCUAGUGUGGAACUUGUGAUCCCAAUCAUUCUUUGUUUGGUUAAUCAAUAGUUUAAAAUAAAGGGGGUCAAUAAACAAAUAAAAAUAAUGCCGCAUGGUUAGCGUUUCCAGCAAAAACACUGUUGUUUGGUAUGACUGCUAGUUUUGGUAGAACUCAACCACUCUUUUGCUCCUUAGAGUCCAAUUGUACAGGCAACCUUGCCCUCUGAUUUCUUUUAUAUCCUCACCUCCAUGAUCCCCUAAUCAUUUUUCAUGGCAAGUAUGAGGUCGAGGGUGCCAAUGCAUUCCAUUUCCCCCAUCUGCGCCAUCCUUUUGUUUCUUUCUUGUUCAUUCAGCUCAAUGCAUCUGUGUGCAUCCAGCGAUGACCACCUUGUCCCUGGCAAGCCCCUCACACCAGGCAACACUCUUGUGUCCGACGAUGGCACCUUCACCCUGGGCUUCUUCUCUCUGUCCAAUUCAACAAAAAAACAUUAUUAUGUUGGUAUAUGGUACAGCAACAUCCCGCAGCAUACUGUCGUCUGGGUUGCAAACCGUGUUGUGCCGAUUACUAAUCUUUCCUUUGCAAUGCUCGCCUUGACCAGUAGCUCAAACAUUGUCUUGUCUGAGGGCAAUGGCCGCAUCCUUUGGAGGUCAAACAACAGCAUCAUCAUGAGUUCUCCACCUGCCACAACCAUCUCUGCAGAAGCCACACUAGAAAACACUGGAAACUUCAUCCUCCGGUCUCUGGGCAACAGUACCAUCCUAUGGCAGAGCUUCGACCACCCGGCCGAUACUCUCCUUCCUGGUAUGAACCUUAGGAUCAGCCACAAGAUGCAUCAGGUACAACACCUUAUUUCCUGGAAGGGUCCACAGGAUCCAUCCCCUGGACCCUUCUCCUAUGGCGCAGAUCCCAAUAGCUUCCUGCAGCGCUUCAUCUGGAACAGCACAAGGCCGCACCAUCGAAGCCCAGUGUGGACUAACUACUUCCUUCUUGGGAGCUACAUGGACAACCUCCAUCCUAAAAUUUACAUGGCAGUACAUCGCAGAGAUGAUGGCGAGGUGUACAUGUCCAUUGGUUCCCCGAUCGGCUCUGUGUCUUUGUUGAUUAGGAUGGAGAUAAGCUACACAGGCAAGGCAAAUAUACUAAGCUGGAACAGCAACAUGUCGGCAUGGACAGCCCUGUACACACAGCCCGCACAUGAGUGCAAUGUUUAUGCAUACUGUGGUCCAUACGGCUACUGUGACAACAGUGAAACAACCCCGACAUGCAAGUGUCUUGAUGGUUUCGAGCCGAAUGAUGAAGAAGCCUGGAUCAAUGGCAGAUUUUUGGAGGGAUGUCACCGGAAGAAGGCGCUAAGGUGUAGCGGUGGAGAUGAUUUCUUGACCUUGCCAGGCAUGAAGGUCCCUGACCAUGUCCUCUUUAUCGGAAACAAAAGUUUUGAUGAAUGCACGGAGGAAUGCCGCAGCAACUGCUCCUGCGUGGCAUAUGCUUAUGCCAACAUGAGCACCAGGGCUAUUGAUGGGGAUGACACGAGGUGCCUGAUAUGGACUGGGAUGUUGAUUGAUAUGGAGAAGUACAGUGAAGGAGGGGAGAACCUAUAUAUUCGGACCAAAAAAAUAAGCGGUAGCAUGCUAACAACCAACAUCCUUGAAAUUGUUCUGCCAGUUCUGGCAGCUUUGCUGGUACUCAUUUGCAUAGUGCUCGUUUGGAUCUGCUGGUUUAGAGGAAAACAAGGCAGCAAGGAAAUCUGUACUAUGCUGAUGCUAGGAAACAUGGGGAGUACUGAUGAACUUGCUGAUAGAAAAAUAGACUUGCCAUUGAUUAGCUUCAGGGAAGUUGCCACCGCAACACAGAAUUUUUCUGAUUCAGCCAUACUUGGAAGAGGAGGAUUUGGCACUGUUUACAAGGGAACAUUGGGAGAUAAGGACAUUGCAGUGAAAAGGCUCUGCAAAGGUUAUGGUCAAGGGGUAGUGGAGUUCAAAAAUGAAGCAGCUCUGAUUACCAAGUUGCAACACAGAAACGUAGUUAAACUUCUAGGCUGCUGCAAUGAUAAAGAUGAGAAACUAUUGAUUUAUGAAUACCUUCCUAACAAUAGUUUGGAUGCCUUCCUUUUCAAUGCUGCAAGAAAAUCACUGCUUGACUGGCCCACAAGAUUCGAGAUAAUCAAAGGCAUAGCUAGAGGCCUUCUAUAUCUUCACCAAGAUUCAAAUCUGACAAUAAUUCAUAGAGAUCUCAAGGCAGGCAAUGUAUUGUUGGAUGCUGAAAUGAGGCCCAAGAUAUCUGAUUUUGGUACAGCUAGGAUCUUUGGUAUCGACGAACAACAAUCAAAUACCAAUAGAGUCGUGGGAACUUAUGGUUACAUGUCGCCUGAAUAUGCACUGGAAGGCACCAUUUCUCUCAAAUCCGAUGUCUACAGCUUCGGCGUGUUGCUCUUGGAGGUUGUGAGUGGCUUGAAGAUCAGUGCGGCUGGCCCAGUCACAGGUUCACCAAACCUUAUAGCUCAUGCAUGGGGCUUAUGGAAGGAUGGAAACUUGCGUAAUUUGGUGGACUCAACAAUUGUCGAGAGCUGUUCACUAGAUGAAGUUCUACGAUGUAUCCACAUCGGUCUCCUGUUGGUGCAAGACGACCCGAAUGCUCGUCCGCUUAUGCCGUGGGUGGUGUCAAGCUUGGAUAACAAUGACAUUGAGCUCCCACAGCCUAGUGAGCCUCUCUGCAUUGCAAGGAGGAAGUACAGAACUGGUGAAGCAGGAGAAAGUUAUGUAACUGACAUGAGCCUCGGAAGGCUGGAAGGGCGCUAAUAAAGGCUCCUCACUUGUUUCCUCCACAAACUUCAAAGACCCCCAUAUAGAACAGAAACCGAUAUCUUUUCAAACAAAGGUAAUUCAUGGCAUCAUCGACAGAUCUCACUUAUUAGGUGCUAUUGAUCAACUUGUCCAGGGAUCGAGCAGCUCAGCUAUGGAGACAUAGGCGCAGAGGUGAUCGGAGGAACUCUGUGUAUCUUGAUGCCACAUAUACGUUCAUAGUUUCUCCAUCUACUCAGCCUGUUUGUUCUGAUCUCUCCAUCCAAUGUAUUGUCAUUUCUGUUCUUCUCUGUACCGAACUACCAUCUAAGCAAAGCUCGCCGUCAGAUUGUAGUAUGAAUUUGUUGAUUGUUCCGGUAAUGAAGCGGAAUUGUGAUCAUA